AGGUUUCAGCUCCAGCUGAAUUAAGGGUUUUAAAGCUAAUCAUGCAGAAUGGGAAUCACUAAACUGGCAGAUUUAAUCCGCGGCGACGCCCCGGGCUCGGUGUCCUACAAAGAGAUCGGAGAUUACAGCGGAAAAGUGAUCGCACUCGAUACCUCAAUUGUUCUGAACCAGUUUCGUUCAGCUGUGCCCAGGCUGCAGCUCAGCCCUCACCUCGGCCUGUUCUACCGCACCCUCACGUUCCUGGAGCACGACAUCAAGCCGGUCUUUGUGUUCGAUGGGAAGCCUCCCAGUCAGAAGAGCGCAGUGCUGGAGAAAAGAGCACAGACUGCAGGCUGGAGCAGCUCACAUCGCUCCAACACAGUGUCCACCAAAACUCAGGAAUUCCUCCGUCUCUUGGAGCUCAUGGGUGUGCCCUAUGUCAUGGCUCCGGGAGACGGGGAGGCGCUGUGUGCACACCUGGUUAGAAGCGGUGUAGUCGAUGCUGUGGCCUCAGAGGACAUGGACACACUGGCGUUUGGAGGAACCGUCCUGCUUCGCCAACUCAAUGCAAAGAGAGACAGUGAGGUCACUGAGUACUCCUUGCCAAAGCUACUGGAAGCUCUACAGCUGACACAGGAAGAGUUUGUUGACCUGUGUAUAUUACUGGGCUGUGAUUACUGUGAUAAAAUAACGGGUCUGGGCCCGAGCCGAGCGCUGAAGCUGAUCCAGCAGCACCGCACCAUAGAGCACGUGAUGCAGAACAUCAACAGAAAGACGCACCCUGUUCCUUUAGGCUGGCAGUUCAAGGCUGCCCGCAGGCUGUUUUUGGAGGUGCCCCAGACUGACCCCCCAAAGCUGAGCUGGAGCGACCCGGACGAGGAGGGACUGGUGAAGUUCUUGUGUGUGGAGAAACAUGUGAAGGAGGAGAGGGUUCGAGGGCGGAUGGAGAAGUUUCGGCAGACUCUCAGUAAGCGGAGGAAACAGAGGGAGGAUGAGGAGAAAGAGGGAAGAACCAGACAGUCACGACUGGAUGAAUUCUUUCGAGUCACAAGGAAAAGACGGUCUGCAGAUGCUGUCGUUUCCACCUCCACAAAGCGAGCGAAGGCUAAAUAACCCUGCCCCCUACUGGAGCUGACCAAGCAUUACCUCAGUAAUGGAUCAGACGGUCAACAAAAGCAGCUGCUGCAGUUAAUUCUAAUGGAAAUGGUUAUGACAGCGUUUUUUAUUUGGACUGUUAGUUUCUACUGAGAGUUUCUGUUAUUGUGUCAAAGUGGCUGCAACAUGCUGCUUUAUUAAUGCCAAAAAAACAUUUUUAUUAAGGUCUUUAUCGUGCUAAAGACUUGAAGCUGAAGUUGUUUAUAUUUAGUCUUUU